GGGAGGGAGCGCGGGGAGCCGCCGCCGGGCGCCGCGCGGCCGGAUCCUGCCCACCAUGGUCGCUGCUCACACCUCCCACUCCGCGUCCUCCGGCGAGUGGAUCGCUUGCCUCGAUAAAAGACCUUUGGAACGUUCCAGUGAAGAUGUAGAUAUAAUAUUCACUCGACUGAAAGAAGUGAAAGCUUUUGAGAAAUUUCAUCCAAACCUUCUUCAACAGAUAUGUCUCUGUGGAUAUUAUGAAAAUCUGGAAAAGGGAAUCACAUUAUUUCGUCAGGGUGAUAUUGGGACGAACUGGUACGCUGUUCUGACAGGAUCGCUGGAUGUUAAGGUUUCUGAUACAAGCAACCACCAGGAUGCUGUGACAAUAUGCACUUUGGGAAUAGGAACUGCUUUUGGAGAGUCCAUUCUGGAUAACACUCCUCGCCAUGCUACCAUCGUUACUAGAGAAUAUAGUGAGCUCCUUCGAAUUGAGCAGAAGGACUUUAAAGCACUUUGGGAGAAAUAUCGGCAGUAUAUGUCUGGACUUCUCACUCCUCCAUAUGGUGUUAUGGAAACAAGUUCCAACAAUGACAGGAUGCCAGACAAGGAGAAUAUGUCAAGUGCUCUUUGCCAAGUUUCUAAAAACUGUAAUAAGACAUCUCUUAUUGAACCUCACAUCCCACAUCGUCCUACUAAAACCAUUACACAGGUUCCUUCAGAAAAGAUCCUCAGAGCUGGCAAGAUUUUGCGGAAUGCGAUUCUGUCCCGAGCCCCUCACAUGAUAAGAGAUCGUAAAUACCAUCUGAAGACUUACAGACAAUGCUGUGUGGGGACAGAACUAGUUGACUGGAUGAUGCAGCAAAGUCCUUGUGUCCAUUCACGAACCCAGGCCAUUGGCAUGUGGCAAGUAUUGCUGGAGGAAGGUGUUCUUAACCAUGUGGAUCAGGAACACCAUUUCCAGGACAAAUACUUAUUUUAUCGGUUUUUGGAUGAUGAGCAUGAAGAUGCCCCUUUGCCAACUGAGGAAGAGAAAAAAGAGUGUGAUGAGGAGCUACAGGACACUAUGCUUCUACUGUCUCAGAUUGGACCAGAUGCUCAUAUGAGGAUGAUUCUCAGAAAACCGCCUGGUCAGAGAACUGUAGAUGAUUUAGAAAUCAUACAUGAAGAGCUUCUUCACAUUAAGGCCUUAUCUCAUCUUUCUACCACAGUAAAGCGAGAAUUAGCAGGUGUCCUCAUUUUUGAGUCACAUCCCAAAGCAGGAACAGUCUUAUUUAAUCAGGGAGAAGAAGGCACUUCUUGGUACAUUGUCCUAAAGGGAUCAGUAAAUGUAGUCAUAUAUGGCAAGGGUGUGGUAUGUACUCUGCAUGAAGGAGAUGACUUUGGCAAGUUAGCGCUUGUGAACGAUGCUCCCAGGGCAGCAUCCAUUGUUCUGCGUGAAGACAACUGCCACUUCCUGAGAGUAGACAAGGAGGACUUCAACCGAAUCCUCAGGGAUGUAGAAGCAAAUACAGUAAGACUCAAAGAACAUGACCAAGAUGUUUUGGUAUUGGAGAAGAUCCCAGCAGGAAACAGAGUUUCUAAUCAAGGAAACUCACAGCCUCAGCACAAGUAUAUUGUGAUGUCAGGAACACCAGAGAAAAUUUUAGAGCACUUUCUAGAAACUAUGCGCCUUGAAGCAACUUUAAAUGAAGCAACAGAUUCUGUUUUGAAUGAUUUUAUUAUGAUGCACUGUGUUUUUAUGCCAAAUAGUCAGCUCUGCCCAACCUUGAUGGCACACUACCAUGCCCAGCCUUCUCAGGGUACAGAGCAGGAGAAAAUGGAUUAUGCCCUCAAUAAUAAAAGGCGAGUCAUUCGGCUGGUUCUGCAGUGGGCUGCUUUGUAUGGAGAUUUGCUACAAGAAGAUGAAGCAGCAAUGGCCUUUUUGGAGGAAUUUUAUGUGUCUGUAUCAGAUGAUACAAGAAUGAUUGCAGCACUAAAGGAGCAACUUCUAGAGCUAGAGAAAAUUGUAAAGCAAGUUUCAGAAGAACCUAAAGCAUCUCAAAAGAAGCAUAAAGUUCUUCUGCAGCUGUUUAACACAAGUGAUGACAGAGCACAGAAACGCCAACCUAUCAGGGGCAGUGAUGAAGUUCUGUUUAAGGUGUACUGCAUAGACCAAACCUAUACAACUAUCCGGGUACUGGUGUCUUCCUCUGUGAAAGAAGUGAUCAGCGCAGUAGCAGAUAAGCUGGGCUCUGGAGAAGGCCUCAUCUUAGUAAAGAUGAGUUCAGGGGGAGAAAAGGUCGUGCUUAAACCUCACGAUGUUUCAGUGUUUACAACUCUCAGUGUUAAUGGACGGCUCUUUGCCUGCCCACGUGAUCAGUUUGAUUCACUGGCACCAUUACCAGAACAAGAGGGACCAUCUACUGGUACAGUAGGAACAUUUGAACUGAUGAGCUCAAAAGAUUUAGCAUAUCAGAUGACAAUUUAUGACUGGGAGCUCUUCAACUGUGUACAUGAGCUGGAACUGGUCUACCACACUUUUGGAAGACAUAAUUUUAAAAAGACCACAGCAAAUCUGGACUUGUUUUUGAGAAGAUUUAAUGAAAUUCAGUUCUGGGUGGUCACUGAGAUUUGUCUUUGCUCUCAACUCAGCAAGCGUGUUCAGCUGUUAAAGAAGUACAUUAAGAUAGCAGCCCACUGUAAGGAAUACAAAAACCUGAAUUCCUUUUUCGCUAUUAUUAUGGGACUGAGUAAUGUUGCUGUGAGCCGUCUCUCAUUAACAUGGGAGAAACUUCCAAGCAAGUUCAAGAAGAUCUAUGCAGAGUUUGAAAGCUUAAUGGAUCCAUCAAGAAACCACAGAGCCUACAGACUAACUGUAGCUAAAUUGGAUCCUCCAAUAAUUCCUUUCAUGCCACUACUUAUAAAAGAUAUGACGUUUACUCAUGAGGGAAACAAGACACUCACUGACAAUCUAGUAAAUUUUGAAAAAAUGCGUAUGAUUGCUAACACUGUCAGGACGGUGCAAUUCUGCCGAAGCCAGUCUUUCAAUCCUGACGCAGCCCUAGCUAACAAGAACCAUCAGGAUGUUCGGAGCUAUGUGCGGCAAUUAAAUGUGAUUGACAACCAGAGAACUUUGUCACAGAUGUCUCACCGACUAGAACCGCGCCGAGCAUAAACAUUUGAAGCAAUGAGGAGAAAUGAUCUUUUAUCCAGUCAAGGUCACUUGUUAAGAGCUUCACUUCCUCUGCUACUGCACUGCCACUACAAAAAUAAGCAAAAACAUAUUCUAAGAUCUUAGGCAACGCACAAUGUACCAGCCUGUCAGAGAACUUUGGCUGAUGAAGAGUUUAUAUGUUAUAGCCAUAAGGGUGGCCAUGUUAUGUACUGUUAAUUCAUUUUAAAGUGUACUAAAUGAUUUGUCAUAGUGAAAGUAAAAAGGCAAAAGGUAAAAUACAAUAGCGAGUGCACCAAAAACUCCUAACAAUUCUAAAGGAGAUAGUGCUUUUCCCUCUAAUUAAAAACUCUGUAUUUUAGGAUUUAUUCACCAGUUCAGGACCAAAAUUGGCCAUCUUUUCUGCUUGCCCAGCUACUAUUGACCUCAGUAGAAGAUGUAUGUUAGUAGGUUCAAGAGAGGUCCAAGGCAUAGUUCCAUUCAAAGAACGCUUAAAAAUAUUUCCCUUUAAAAUACAACAGCUACUAAGAAGAAUUUCCAAUCUUAAUCAUACUGUCUACUACUGCAAGCAGUGUGGCCAUCUCAGAAAACUAAAUAGGAGAGAAAAUAUUUUGGAUGAUAAAUAGAUUAAUUGUGUUUACAUUUUACUUCUUUUCUUAAGCUAUGGAUCAGAUUUUUACUAAAUUCCACUAUGAAUGAAUAAGGUUGUUGAAAUCAAUAGCAUAAAGGUAGCAAAAGACUGGUUCAAAAAGAGCACAAUAUGCACAAACAGAACUCAAGAGAGUAAUUUCAUGGAUGUCAAAACCUUAAACAUCAGCUAUAAUGAAUUGUGGAGGUUUAACACAUUUUUGGGUCUUAAGCAUUUACAGAUAUUUUAAUUUUCAGACAAUUGUUUUGCACUUUCA